ACUCUAGCCAUUACGCCCGCUACAGAGCUCCCCGUGAUGCAGAUUAGCUAAGCCUUUCCGUUCGACGGCAAAGCUAGCAAAUCCAAGAGCACGUCGGCAUGAAGCUGUUCGCCUUCGUCAGGCGCGCGCGCCGGUCGCCUGCACCGGCACCGGCACCGGCGGCGCCGGAGGACGCCACCGCUGCGCCCGCGGAGAAGCAAAAGCGGCGGAGGCCGUCGGGGUCAACGGCGUGGAAGCCGACGCUGGUCGCCAUCUCCGAGGACGCCGCGAUGACCGCCGCGGCCGCAGCCGCAGCGAAGGCGCAGCCGGCGAAGCCGGAGGCGUCUGCCGCCAAGGCCAAGGCCAAGGCGAGGCCGCCGCCUCGCGCGGCCCGGGCGGCGAGCUACGACGACUUCCGGCACUAUGGACAGCCCACGGUGUUGCCGGCGUUCACGCCGACGGCGUUCCUGUUCUGAGCUCCGAUGAGCUGCAGACCGCGCGCGACGGUGGCGCAGAACCGGCGGUAGUGUAGCUGAUGCUUGUGCGGUGUGGUUUCGACGACGGCUACGCUUUGUGCUCCCAACCCCUGAUGAUGUGAUCCCUAGCAGUGCUUCUAAUGUGCAUACAACUCUGCUGUUUCGGAUUCUCCCCCAUUUGGGUUGUGCCUUUCGGUUUC